GCGAAAAAAGCAGAAAAUUGUGCAUCGCGUUUCGAAAACUGCGUACGUGCCAGGUUGGUCGGUUGAGAAAACAUGAAUUUACCAGCCCGCGGACCGGAAACAAGUGCUCGAAAUAUGGUGUAAAGUGUCGUCCGGUUGGUGCGCGUCAACAAUAUCACAAAAGAGAAGAAAAUGGAAUUCAAGUACGCCAGCUGGAUUGUGCUUAGCAUCGGAGUUUCGAUCAACCUGCUCGGGUUGUUUUGGUUUAUUGCCAUCGUUAUCGGAUUGAUUGGAUUUCUGCUCGGGUUUUUGACCAUACUCUACCUCCAACAUGGCGACUUGGACAAGUUUCUUGACAGUGGCCUAUUGGAAAACCCUUUGGAAGAACCAAAAACUCUUGGGUUGAGUAUUGUGUGUGACCAACGGCCCAGUAAUCUGCUAUUGAUAUCCCCCAACAUCAAAGUCCAAACCGAAUCUCGGAAAUCCCGCGGCCACCACGGAUCUUCCGGAGGAUCGGCCUCCGGGAGUGGGGACAACAGCAAUGGCGGAAGUGCCGGUGGCAAGCGGCGCAACCUGCUGGAUGCCGGCAUUGAGUUGCUGUUCAAAAAGCGCACCGGAGAUCAUUCCGGUGGAGGUGGUGGGGGAUCAACCAGUCCUAGCGGAAGUGGUAGUGCUAGUGGUUCAAAUGGGGGUGGAGGAAGUAGUAGCCUGAUCACCGAUCAUCUCAUGCACCGGGGCCAUUUGCACUUUCAUUCGAGGGAUCAUACCAUUCUAGAUAACACCAGGGAUCCGCCGCCGGGAUCGAGCUCGGAUCGUUCAACGGCAACCGGAAGUGGAGACCCCGCCUCAGGUGGACUUCGUUGGAGACCGUUCGACAAUAUCAAGAUUCAUACGGACAAGGGUCGAAACACCGCCAGCCAUGGGCAGCAGCAGCAGAGUGCAUCGCGACAUCAUGAAGGGCACCGGAAGAAAGAAGCAAGUGCCAUCACCGUCGGAGAAGAAGUUUCUGGAUCCGCAUCGCCUCUGGCUUCCUUCAAAUCAUACAUUACCCAUCCGGAGAUUCUGCUCCAUCGAGACUCCCCACCGGGCUCCCCUAAAAAGAAGAAAAUUCUCAGCGGCAACAAGGCGGUCGAUAAGCUGAUCCAUACCAUCGUCGACUACGUGAUACGAGAUUUCAUCGACUCCUGGUUUACGGUGGUAUCCGACAGUCGGGAGUUUAGCGACACCAACAUCCGCAACAGCAUCGAAAGUUUGAUCCUGCGGGUGUGCCAAAGACUGAAGGCAGCCGAACUGUUGCCACUGAUGACCACCAAGCUGAUCGAUGAUUUAGCUAAACAUACUAGGUUUUAUCGGUUGGCUUCGCAGGAGGUCAGUGAUGUGGUGAAACAGUCGAGUGGAGGAUCUGCUGCGGAUCAGAAGCGGCUGAAGAUCCACGAGAAGUUGUCCCCGCAGAAAAGGAACCUGAAGGGUAAUGGACAUCGGCGAAAUAAGAGCGAAACGGAUUUGACGUGGCACUUGGGGAAUGUAGCUCUGCAGAAAAAUGUGGCCAACUCGAAGUUCUACGGCGUUCAGACCGAUGAGCAGUCUUUGGUCGAUCCGGAAGUCAUGCUUCUUAACUCUUUCUUCGGAUUCUGUGAUGAUUAUAAGCGGGAGUGCAUGGAUGAGGAGGCUUUGGUAGAUUAUCUAAAGCGAAUAGCCGAAACAGUAUUGUACUUCACCUUACCGGAAGAAGAUUUCAAUUGCCUAACACUGCGAACAUUGCUGUGUAACAUUCUGGCGAACAGUCUAUUGCGCCCAAUGGUGACCACCUUGGCCGACCCAGAUUUCAUCAAUCUUCAGAUUGCUAAACAUUUCGCCAAAGAUCCACCAAGUGGGGAAUUCCUGCUUAAAAUGAUCCGGCAGUCGAACGAUCUGUCCGAGCUGAGAGCAUGCCGGCAGUUGAUCACCAAGGAAAUGGACACCAAACAUCGGGAUGCCAACUGCAGUGCCGAGCUGGCUAGCUUGAAAUAUACCCAGAAGCUGAUCGAUCUGAGGAUCAGUCAUUUGCAGAACAACAAAACGGAUCUGGGUAGAACGGAAAAGGAGAAGAGCAACUCAAACCUUCCGCUGCUGAGCUUGGACGAUAUUCUGAGGAAGGAGCUGGCCGUUUCGUACUAUUUGGACUACUUGAGUGUGCUGAACCUGCAAAAGUAUGUGAUAUUCUAUCUGACGGCGCAGGAAUGGAAAAUUACUACAAGUCAAAGUUUUUCCGAUAUUCAGAUCAACAAGACCAAACUGUCUAGGGAAGAGGUGAUGCGCAUCAUUAGAGAUAAGGCUAGCACGCUGUUUCAAGAGUACCUGGUUCCCAAAUCGCCAAACUACCUAAACAUAGAUCCGGGUCUGAUAGAAGCUCUCAGUAUACGGAUUAACGACGUGUGUCUGCAGCCGGAGAACACCUGGUUCGAUUCAAUUUGCAAGUACGUGUACGAGAAGCAGAAGAACGAAGAAGUAUUCCUGAACAACUUCUACCAAAGUUCGGCCUACAAACAGCUGCUGCGGGAACUCGAUUUCAACGCCAACCAGGAACACGAGCUUCCUUCGUUGGAUCAUCUGGGUAUCGGGGGAUCCACGGUGGACGGCAUGAGUGACAGCAACUCAGGAGAUUUGAAGUUUGACGAAAUGACAGAUGACGAAGAAAGUGGUCCACCAAGUGGGAUCUUUCAGAAUGACAUUAAAGAGGAACAUGAUGUUAAGGUUGCCAUCCAGGGCGUCAAGAAAGGUCUGGAUGGAAGCCUUCUUCCAGCUGUGGCUAGCGUGAAGCAUGCUCGAUCGCACAGCGAUUGUACAGGAAUGUUUACACCGAUAAGUGAUAUCAACAUUGAACACUUGAAGUCUUCGGAUUGCUCGAGUAACGACUCAGGUAGUGAUAAAGCGGGACCAGCAGCUUCAGUGACAGAUGGAGCCGGAGCAAGUUUACCACAACCACCGAUUGAAAUACAUAUCGAUAACAAGUCGGAAGAUUCGUUCACCUUCAAGCAGAAACUUUCAGCUAAGAUCAUCAACACAGCGAUUCACUGUGAGGGUCAAUACGCCGUCUACGCCAUUCAGGUUAGUGUGAUCGAGGAUAACCAGCACAAGAGUUGGCACAUCUAUCGUCGGUACUCGAAAUUUUUAGAACUAAAGAAGCUGCUGGUCAAAAGAUUCCCAUUACUCUCGAAAGUGCCAUUCCCGGCCAAAAAAGCCUUCCACAAUACGCAAAGAGCUGUGCUGGAACAUCGAAUGGAAGUGUUGAAUCUAUUCCUGCACGAGAUCUGUGCCAAAGCAGAAAACAACAACGAUAUACUAACUAUCGUGCAAAAUUUCCUGGAACCGGACACGGACGAUCGGAAGAUGCAUGGAGGAGCUGUUGUUAAGACGAUUGAAACCUUCAAAUCCGGCAUGAGUAAGAUCCGCAACAUGCCCGACACUUUGGUCGGAGGCAUCUCACGGAUGUUCCUUGGAAAAGGCCCACUCAAAGAGCGUACAUUCUACGACAUCCAGGACAUCCCAACGCUGGAAAUGAAGCAGUCCGAAUACCCUGCGUUGACAUCGGCACUAAACCUGCUGGACGAAGUUUUUGACCUUCAGAACAAGUCCCAAUGGCUACGAAGAGGCUUAAUCAAUCGACUGCUGGGGGCACCCUGGGUCAGUCACGCUACCAAUAAGAAGAUUAUCCAACUGGCUGGCUCUUUACUGGCCAUGGAUAAGGUUGAAGCGGUACUUUCGGCAGUUUUAAACAAUGUGUGGCCCGACGGCGAUCGUUUCAAUCCAAAUCCACCGAUCCGGGAGGACAGCACCAGAUUACGCACUAAACUAGCAGCUAAGAUAGCCCUGUUUGCCCUGCUAUCGGAUGAUCUCAAGCAUGUGGUCGGUUCCGUGACUUGCAACACCGGGCUGCUGAACUUUUUCCAAAUGCUACAGAAUCGGAAACUCAACACACGGCUACUGUUGAUCCUAUUCGAGCACGUGCUCCGGGUGGUCUUUCAAACAGACAGUAUGACAAAACAUGCCAGCAGCAUCGGUGCAGCCAGUCGGCAAACGGGGCAAGAAGAGGACACCAAAUCCAUUCGCACCGGAGGAACUCCAUCCGGGUCGGCUUCCGGGUCUCGAAAAUCUUCCAAACAUUACAACUAGACCGAAUGGAACAUCGUCAUUAACACCAUCAACAUGGGUAAGUACAAUGCUUGGAAGUGUCAAAACAAUUUCGUAAUCUAGUUAUUAGAAACAUUCCGCCAUACAUGAACAAAAUUGGAACAAACAAAUUGUUAGGUAUUUUAGAACCCUAAGGUCAAAAUCAAUGUAGAAAGUAUUAAGUGUAGCGCAGAUUACCAAAGCAUAUUUUAUGUCUCGAAAAUGAAGCAAUUGUUCGAUAAUUAUUUAGCCCCGUUCCGGUACACACUCUUAGCAUUUGUUCCGUUCAGUACUACAGAAACAUACAAACAACAAAACGUUACGUCCCGCAAAGGAUUUAUACUUAGUUAUUAUAUUGCAAUAUUAGUUUCAGUUUUGUUUUUCUUUGGUCUCCACACCUUUUCUUUUGAAGGGUUUCUGUUUUAUUUUGAAUUAGGUACCUACCUUAAGUUAGAUCACGAUUAUAGUUUUGAUGUUUAUUUUCAUAUACUCUCAUAGGAAGCAACACACAAGACUUGUCGAAAUAAUAGAUAUCAGUAUAGCAAAUGUA